UGCCAACUGGUCUUUAUUCAUGCCCUGCUCCGAGAAAAAACACACACACACACACACACACACACACACACACGGGCGACCGAUCUCAGCUGGCUCGCGCGAACGCAGAUAAAUGCCAAUGCCAAUGCCAAUGCCAGAGCCAAAGCACAUGCACAUGCACAUACUACCUACCUCUAACCUACCUAGGUAGGUAGGUAGGUACCUACUAGAGGUAGUACUGACACUACUGUGUACUAGAUGCGCAUGUGCUGCGCAUGCCCAGCUGUCAAAAUCUCCCAACCAGCGGCCGCUCCCGACUUUGACCUGAAGUUGGCCGUGCACAACCCUGCCACCUCCAAGUGCCCCGUGCCCAACCGGUGCAGCAGCGUCUCCUCACAAUCACGACACUCUCGCAGGCACGCCGCCUUGGCCACAGCCGACAUGGUGCAAUUAUAAGUUAAUAGCUGUCUUGUUUCUUGUCCCCCCAGCGCAUUCUCAUCUGCUCUCUGGCCGCCGUCGACCUUGGCUUCGGACACAGCGUUAGCCGCCGUCCACAAAACACCACACACACGAGUCACGUCUCGCAUAGACAGGCUGCUUCCCGCACGUUCCUGACAGCUAGCUGGGCCGCCGGCGCUAGCAUCUGCAAAGGCUACUGCGCGCCCUGCCAGCCUGCCAGCCUGCCAGCCACGGCCACGAGGCAGGACCCCUUCACCGGCUCCUGCAAGAGCCACGCCGGCAUUCAAGCCGGUAUCGUGCCCUGUAGCUACUCCGUAGCAGCUACACCGCUUGCAGGGGAGCUCCGGCUGGCCCCACGUUGCUCGAGCGGGAAUCCGUCCUGCUGCAGGAGAGCUGCCUGGCCUGGAGCACAUUCGUACUUCGUACUCCGUAACGAGCACGCAGUACUGCGACCUUGGCCCUGGACGUGCGUCGCAUCGGCGACAAAAGACGCACAAACUCGCCACAGCGCGGCCGCCAUGCAGUCGACGCCUCAAUAUAUUGGGGAUUGUGCAGGCCAGCUCGUGCUGUGCAAAUCGAGUCUCUGAGGAUCCCACACUCGCAUUCCUGGUGUGGAGCCGUUGGGUCUUGCCCUCCACAAGGUCAGGAAUCCCAAGUCCAGACCGAUCCACCAGCCUGGGGCCGCCAGCGGCAGAUUACGGCCUGCGCCUGGCCUAGUCUUGUUCAGGAAAUUACAUUCUACCGCACCACUUCCACUUCCUUGUCGCUUGCCCGAGGAGCUCUUGCACCAUUGCCGCCGCACCUGUUUCUCUGAUAAAGACCACGGCUCGCCUCCACCACCCUCCUUGGAUUGCUUUCUGGCCCAUCCUCCCAACGCUCCUCCCCUGGCAUAUCAUAUCCCAACCUGCCCCUACAGCCCACACAUACCCGACGCACUACUGCUCGCCUUGACGUCUUGCUCCCGACCCCGUCCCCCCCCCCAGAGAGACAGCCGGCCGAGGUCGAAGAACAACGACGGCCAGCCCCGAUGACAACAUCAAAAGCACACCACAGAUCAUAUACGAUCAACCUUCGAGCAUUGACGCCCGCCGCUGCGCAGAGCAACCCACACAAGCCUCACCCCAGCCUUCAGGCCAAUCUCAAGUCUCACAAACCAUCCAAGUCAACCCCCAACGCCAUCAUGUCGCAUGCUCCAGAUACUCGCCUAGACCUGCCCGCCGACAGCCUGCCUCAGCACAACCGCGAGCUGACCCUGCGCCGGUACAUGCUGCUGCAGGACGAGCACGAGUCCAUCCGCCAGCACCUGGAUCAAAUCUCCACCCCGUCGUCUUCGACACCCACAAACUCGACGACAUCACCCACCCUUGGCCCCACCCGCCCAUCCUGCCAUGUGCGCACUGACUCGGCCGCCAGGAGGGCGAGCAUGCCGCAGUACGACAUGCCGCGCCCGCGCUUCCACCGACGUGCCGGAGCACGCUUGAUCUCUGCCGAGCUGGAAAUGUCCUCUGACCCCGCCACCCUGGCCCAGAUCGCGUCCGAGGAAGCCAAGCUGCUCUCGGUCAACGAGGGUAUCAAGCGGGCCCUGACGGAGCUGCUCAACUGCGAGACCGUGCGGUCCGACCAGGCCUUCCGUAGCUUCUGCAUGACGAGGCUCAUGGAGACAGAGCAGGAGCUGCGCGGCGGCCGCAGGAGGAGGAGCUGCCCCAUCGAGUGACGGCCGAGAGCGACCCACGUUACGCCUUGGGCGUGGGGCAGUACGGCGGUACCACUCCUUUUUUCUUCUUCUUUUUGGGACGGGAUCAUGGUUCAUUCCAUCUUUGCGUAUGGCGUUCACUGGAAAAUGGGAUUUCACAUGAGCAUGUGGAGCCGCGAGAGACAUCGCUUCUGAUACCCCUCAUUGGCAUUGACGCACAAAGAGCGGUCAUGCAUUGUUUGUUUGGUGCAUAUUGUGGGUUUCCAAGAAAAGGGUUGGUGGGCUUCGGGAGGGACCAAAACAAAAUCGUUUCUCAGGCGCUCCUUGGGAGGCACGGAAAUAGAACCAAUCUAGCGUUACCAGGGUGCUUGGAGGUGUGCUCUGCUCCUCGUUAAUAUCGCUCCCAGUUCUUGGCGAGAUUAUACAAAAUUGCUUGGAAAUUGAUGGCGUCUAGAGUUUCAGAGAAAGCUCAAACCAGGAGUAGCAUGCAUUGUAAUAAGGCUCGUUGGUUGUGCAGUCAUUUCAUUGGACGCUCAAGUGGCCUCCGUCUGGGAGAGAUCGGAGAUUCACACCCACAGGGACCGAGGGUACUGGGCAACCCGGAAGAUUAAAGUACUCAGGUUAGCACCAGACCGUGUAUCUCAUAGGAGUUUGUUAUCCUAUAGCAGGCUAUCCUAUAGGUGAUUGGGAAAGUCUUCAAUCAGGGGGGUAAUAGUAAUGAUUGUAUUUUUGCUGUCGACACUACAUGUAAUGCGCCGUGCUGAUGCUGUACUUGCAUGGGUGUACGAUUGAUU